GCGGCUGCCUGGCCCCGGAAGCUCGCGGACGUGGCGGCUCGUGAGGCGCCGGGCGCUUCCGCAGGCCCGGGCGAGCUGGGCGGCGGCCGGCGGUGGGCAGGUGCGAGAGGCGCUCAGCCAUGGCCGAGUCGGUGGAGCAGCUGCGGCAGCGGGUGCAGGAGCUGGAGCGGGAGCUGGCCCAGGAGAGGAGCCGGGGCGUGCAGGGCGGUGGCCGCGCCCGCAUCGACAAGAUGAGCCCGGAGGUGGUGGACUCCAACCCUUACAGCCGCCUGAUGGCAUUGAAACGGAUGGGGAUCGUCAGCGACUAUGAGAAAAUCCGGACGUUUGCAGUGGCAGUAGUAGGUGUUGGUGGAGUCGGCAGUGUGACCGCGGAGAUGCUCACGCGGUGUGGCAUUGGCAAGUUGCUACUCUUUGACUACGACAAGGUGGAACUGGCCAACAUGAACAGACUUUUCUUCCAGCCUCAUCAAGCAGGAUUAAGUAAAGUCCAAGCAGCAGAACAUACUUUGAGGAACAUUAAUCCUGAUGUUCUGUUUGAAGUACACAACUACAACAUAACCACAGUGGACAACUUCCACCAUUUCAUGGAUAGAAUAAGUAAUGGUGGGUUAGAAGAAGGAAAACCAGUUGAUCUAGUUCUUAGCUGUGUGGACAAUUUUGAAGCUCGAAUGGCAAUAAAUACAGCUUGCAAUGAACUUGGACAAACGUGGAUGGAGUCCGGGGUCAGUGAGAACGCCGUUUCGGGGCACAUACAGCUCAUCAUUCCGGGAGAGUCGGCUUGCUUUGCGUGUGCCCCACCUCUCGUAGUGGCGGCCAACAUCGACGAGAAGACUCUGAAACGAGAAGGUGUCUGCGCGGCCAGUCUCCCCACCACCAUGGGCGUAGUGGCUGGGAUCCUGGUACAAAAUGUGUUAAAGUUCCUGUUAAAUUUCGGUAAAGUUAGCUUCUACCUGGGCUACAAUGCCAUGCAGGACUUCUUCCCGACCAUGUCCAUGAAGCCAAACCCCCAGUGCGAUGACAGACACUGCCGGAAGCAGCAGGAGGAAUACAAGAGAAAGGAAGCAGCAUUACCCAGACAGGAAGUGGCUCAAGAAGAGGAAGAGAUCAUCCAUGAAGAUAAUGAAUGGGGGAUCGAGCUGGUAGCGGAGGUUUCCGAAGAAGAGCUGAGGGCUUCUUCAGGCCCCGUUCCUGACCUCCCGGAAGGAAUUACGGUGGCAUACACGGUUCCCGAAAAGCAGGAAGAUUCUGCGCCUGCAGUAACGGUGGAAGAUUCUGGUGAAAGCUUGGAAGAACUUAUGGCCAAGAUGAAGAAUAUAUAGAUAAUGGGCUGGUAUCUGCUAUUUGAGUUUAGUUCCUUGAAAUUAAAGACAUUUUCCCCUUAAUCUAAUAAAAAUUAGAGCAACAUCA